AUGCAUCUAUUACUGAUCCGCCAUGGGGAGACGGAGCACAAUGUUGCCGGUCUACUUGCUGGUGCUACUGACUCAAAGCUAACAAAUCAUGGUAUUCUGCAGGCUCAGAGACUUGGUAAAUUCAUCGCCUCGACCAGGAAGCUCCAGCUCACCCAAAUCUUCUCAUCUGAUCUACAGCGGGCUUGGAUGACCGCAGCAGAAGUCUGCAAAUCUCAGCUGGCCGAGCAUGGACCAAACAGCGCCCUUGACGAAGUCAUCAAGUUGCCCCUCUUGCGUGAACAGGAUUUUGGCUCCCUCGAGCUGGUGCCCUGGGCCUCAAAACGUGCAGAUGAUGCCUUUACUACCAAGGUCCCAAGUGCUACUGACCCAGACUUCAAACCCAAGGAAACAGCUGAACAGAUGCAAGUCAGGGCAGACCAAUUUCUCACUGACUUUCUCCAUCCUGUGCUGGCCCUGGGAUCCAACGAGCAAGUUGCUAUUGUUUCGCAUGGUUUAUUCCUCUCAUCCCUCUGGCGAGCUCUGUUGCGCCGCUUCCCAAGCCACAACAUAACGAUUGGGCCAGAUGUCGGUCCGCUCGGCCCAAGCCGGCCACUCGAAUACAUAGGCUCUUGGUCCAACACCGGCUACCUCGAGCUGGCGAUUCAUGAUCGAUGUCAGCAAGACGGUGACGAGCAUAGCCAGCUCCACCCGUCCUCACCCGCGACCUUCACUGGUUUCGGACUCAACGUUCUUGCCAUCAAUCGAAAAGACCAUCUCGAGAACUUGAAGCGUACGCGUGGGGUAGGCUCCGCCGCCUACGACGCUCGGCAGCAGCAGAUUGACGGGUUUUUCAAACGGCCGACUACGUGA